AUGCACCUCUAUGAUGAUUACGAUGCAUACGCACGAAUCACUGGAGAUCCUGGCUGGUCUUGGAAGGCUUUACUUCCCUAUUUUCUCAAGAAUGAACAUUGGACACCGCCUACCGACAAUCAUGAUCAAAGAGGACAAUUUGACCCUGCUGUCCACGGUUUCAAAGGGAUUACAUCUGUCGGUUUGAAUGGGUUCCCGGCUCCUGCAUUGGAUACUCGAGUGAUGCAAGUGACUAGAGAGCUGUCCGUGGAAUUCCCCUUCAAUCUCGAUUAUAACUCAGGUUUCCCGCUGGGUGUCGGCUGA